AUGGUGGCGCAAUCGGAUCCGCUGCUAGGAGAACAUGGCGGGGGAGUGAAAGGAGCAGCCAGCGGCGCCCGGUGUUGUUACCCGAGCGGGGCACGCCCCCUUCCGCCCCCGCGCCAAUCGCCGUGCGAGGAUGGCGCGAGCGGCACGCCCCUUCACCGGGCGCCGCCAAUCUCGGCGAAACGGUGGCCUCUUUGGCCCCGCCCCGGCCAAUCGGAAGCGACACAAACACUUGGGGCCGCGCCCUCUUCCGCGGGCCGCCCAAUCCGGGCGGACACGAGCAGCGGGCACGCCCCCGUCUCCGAGUCACGGGCCCGCAGUGCGAAGCGAACGGACGGGACCGGGCGGUUCUCCUUGGAGAGCCGCCGGCCAAUCGGGCGGCGCACAAACAGCGGCGGCCACGCCCCCGCCCGCUCCGCAGCCAAUCGAGGGAGACGUAAACAGGCGGCGGCGCGCCCCCUGCUGGGCGGCGGAGCGCCGGCGGGCCGCACGCACGCGUCGCCCGCCAUGGAGGUGCCGGCGCCGGCGCUGCGGCCCGUGGCGGCCGCUGGGCCCCCGGCAGCGGCGGCGGCGGCGGAGGAGGAGGGACCCGGCCGCGAGGCGGCGGGGCGGAGGCGGGACGAGCGGAGCCUGGAGGCGCUGAGCCUGGCCGACUGGCGGUCGGCGGCGGAGGCGGCGGCCAGAAGCGGCGCGGCGGCGGCGGGGGACGUCAGCUGGUCGGAGGGGCGGCGGGCGACGCUGGCGAGCGCCCUGGAGCUGGAGGGGACGGUGCUGCGCGAGGGGCGCCUCACCCAGUUCGUAGCCAACAACCUGGAGCGGCGGAUCCGGCUGAGCGGCGCCCCGCGGGCGGAGCCGCCGGCGGCGGCGGGGGGCGGCGGCGGCUCCAUCCCCGCCAUCGACCCCGGGGCGCUGCAGGACGUGGUGGCCCUGGCCGGGCAGGUGGCGGCGCAGGUGGACGAGCUGCUGCGCAACGUGCACUGCGGGCUGCAGGCGCUGACGGCCCUCAGCGUGGGCUGCAUCCAGACCUACCGCGACGGGGUGGAGAGCCUGGGCGAGGCGGCCGACCUCAGCAUCCGCGCCAUGUACGCGCUGGUGGCGCGCUGCGAGGAGCUGGACCGCGCCAUGCAGCCCGUGCCCGCCCUGGCCAAGCGCAUCCGCGACAUGAAGGGCACCCUGGAGCGGCUGGAGGGGCUCUGCAAGUAGCGCCGACCCGACCCUGCGGGGGGGGUGCGGGGGGGUCGCCGCCCCGCCGCUCUUGCCGCUGCCGCCGGCGUGCCGAGCGAGGAGCCCGCCGGGGCUGGGAAA